UCUGAAACAGCCUUAUGUACUCUUAUAUACUUUCUCGUGAUCCAGGAUCGCAUUCUGACAGGGCAAACCACGGGGAUCAAAGAGAUCAACAAUGAGGUUCCCCACGCAACAACAACGUCCUGUACGGCUACUUUAAACCAUGGGUACACCUAUUCUCCCGUGUAGCCGCGGUCAUCACAAAGGCUGCCGCCACAGGAACUGCGCAGUGCUUUUGGUACGUACUAUAUAAGAGUACAGAAAAUUUGAAGGGGGCAGCACCCAAGCGUUCCAGGAUGUAUAUCGACUUGCCACUUGAUAAGGCGUCCUUUACCCUUGAUACCUCUGGUGUUAUGGGGUUCUUCGGCGGGGAAGAAGCGCUCUCCGCGAUGGCCACUGUCCAUCUCUACCGAGGCAGACGUUGGCUUGGGUGGUACAACUCUCCGGGAAGCUACACUGUUGCCAAAAAAUUUGGGCAGCUAGCGAACUCACGAUUCUGGGAUGGCAUCUUUCCCGGACCCAACCUAACGCCCGAAGAAAUGUUUGGGCUGGAUGGGAAGGACGGGCCACGCUUUAUCGGAGUGUUCUCGGGCACGGAUAUGUCAACUACAGGUCACCUCGCAUACCUCACGGCCCAGAAGGCAAAGGAGACCAAGGAGCAGAUCCAGCUCGGAGGAAGAAUAACCGCACCGGGUUCGGUGAGCAUACUAGAUGUCGACAACGUGAAAUUGCAGCAAGGAGGCGAGGUACCAAUGAUGAAGGUUUAUCAUGCGCUGUACGCUGCCGUACCCAUCACCAGCAGUCUCGCAACAUGCCUCGCUUGCGCGUUCGUUCGUGAUUGGCUCGCAUUUGGGCUGAUCGUCCUCGGCAUGGUUUCUAGUGGCCUGUCUUGCUUCGUCAUUGGUUCGGGGAGGCUGCAUUUCCAGCUCAUCAAACCUUCAUCCUAUGCGCCGCGGGGAGACGGACUACUUUUGAUGCGCAACGAUGUUGUGAUCUUGAAGGGCACAGAGAAAGAUGUCACGUCGAUAACGAAGUCCAAGUUCGUGCUGGACAUGGAUGGUGGUGAACAGUUCAACACCAUUGGUGUCUGCUCGCUCCUGCUUUUGUCACAAUUCCUUGUUCAACUUCUCCUCGUUCCUCGAGCGACACUUUUCGGCCAGAUCAUGUUCGUGUCGUCACUUGCGGUGUCUUGGGCAUACAAUUCGUUUCUGUCAAUUCAGACAGACCUGCUGUGGAAAUCACUCGGUAAACCACAGAUCACGAAACUUGCUCUCCCCAAUAGAGGGUCACAAGCGGCGUGUACUUGCUUCGCCUUGCAUCCAGAUGUCGAUAUGUCGAAAGAAAUCGGCUGCAAACUUCAAGCCGAGGAAGAUUUUAGGAUUUGGGAAACGUGGAGGGAGCAUGUGGCAAAGCAGGUGUUGAGUAAAGAGAAAAUCAAAUCUUUUAGCCCAGAUGAAGAACUCAUAAAGGACUUGGAGGACGAAGAACAGGGAGCUCCUGAUUCAAAUGCUGGCGGACGCGGA